AAACACUCGCUCGCGUAGUUCGUUUGUCGGAGCAGCAGGACGCUGGUUGUUGUUCAUUCGAGACAUCGUCGUAUAUAUACUUAUAUGCUCUGGCAUAUUGCUCGAUUUAUAACGAACAUACAUUAUUUUCUUUCCGUGGACCUCUUGUCUCGUGUUCGCGUCGUCGUCAGCCGCGGAGUGUUUGUUAUUGCUGUUGUCUGUUUGUUUGUGUGCUUUCCUCCUCCUUUUUCGGUGUGCUUUUCGGUGUAGUCUUUCGUAUUUAUCGCUGCGCUACAGUUACACAUACUUUUUUUUUCACGUGUGUGCUCUUAGUUGGUGUGCCCCGAAUAACAAAGUCAAACAAGGCGCGCUUGGGGGCUGGGGCCACGCCUCUUUGUCAAAACGCCUCCUUAACCCGACGACAACAACACGGCAGCAGCAAAGAAAAAAAAAAACAAAUAAAACAAAUUGAAGAGAACAACACGCAGGAGAACAGAAAACACCGAAACGAACAUACAGGAGAACAAACAGUUUGAGAGAGGUGACACAGGAGAGCGAGAGUCAGAGAGGAACCGCAAGCGAGAGAGAGAGAGAGAGUGGCAGUGUGGAGAGAUUGCAGUUAUAUUUACAACAACAGCGGAACGCAACACCACUUGAUACGAAAAUAAACAAACAAAAUCAAUCAAUUAAUCAAUCUGCUGAGCACGCCCACACCCACAACACUGCACACAUACCGAUACACAGGCAAGAAGGCACAACAUACACAGGACACAGGACAGGACACACGAGUCAACGCCCACGCCCAUCGCAAAAAAAGGAGGGAGUGGCAGGCAGGCAGGCAGUGUAGAAGGAAGCAGCGAACUAGCAACAACCAGGACGACAACAACAAAGCAACAACAGCAGCAGCAGCAUGUUCCACUCACUUGCUUUGAUGGCCUGCGCACUUGCCGCCCUCUCCCUCGCCCAGGAGGAGGCACCGCGACCAGGAUCCGUAGCAGGAUCCGACCUUAGCCUCUCCUCCUCCUCCUCCGUCUCCUCAGCCGCCGCUGUCUCAUCUCCUCCAUCUUCCUUCGCCGGCAAGCAGUUGAACAGAUGCCGUCAAAGUUGCUAUCAGCAGCUAUCCAAGGACUGGCAUUAUUGUAAGGAUUCCGCUGAUUGCACAAAUUGCUGCCAGAAGCUGGUGUCGCCCUUCGAGCUGAAGAUCCUGAAGGCCCAGCGCCAGGAAUCAUUAGUCCUCACGGACAUCGGAUGGGAUGAGAUGAUAGCCAAUGCCUCGCGCCAGUGCCUCAUCACCUGGGAGGUGUCCGGCGGCGGCCUAAUCGGUAACCUGCUCACGGACACAGCCCGUGCCGAGCUCUCCUUGUGGCCGGACACAGUGUACAACAUCCAAGUCAAGUGCAAGCACAAGCUCACGGGUCUGAUGCGCCGUUCGAUCAAACUGAAUGUGGACACCAGCCAGUUGGUGGGCACCACCACGACGACCAUGCCAUCGAAGAGCGAGGGACAUCCAUCGGCAGAGGCACGGGAACACGGGAACUCGGAAUCGCAGUCACACACACAGCACAGUGUGCACACCAGGCCCACGGAUCGGGUGUACAUCAUUAGCGCCUUGCCCACACCCAGCGAACUGGGCGGUGUGGUCUAUCCGGCCUUUGGUGCUCUGGCCUUCUUCCUGGCCCUAUUGGUCAUGUUCCUCUUCCUGCGUCCGCAACGCAAGCGCUUCCAUCACCUGGACACGGACAGUGCGGAUACGGAUACGGCCACGUUAAUAGGCGGUGGCGGUGGCGGUGGCGGUGGCGGUGGGCGAUCCUCCUGCUCGAGGAACUCAUCCUCGAUGGAUGCCUCCACGCUGCAUGUCUAAGCCAACCGGAGAACUUGUAGUCGUAUAUAUACAUAUAUAUAGAUGUCUGACUAUGUGAUAUUCUGCACCCCAAAAAAAAAAAAA